AUGUCGACCGCGGCAAUCCCCGAUAACGUGGAGUUCGCAUACAAUGAUAAAGUCCAGAAGUACAUCUUCUCGGCUUUCGCCGGUGUUGUGUGGUAUAAUGCCAUCGAACUCAUUGUUGUGUGUUUCGUUACGUUCCGACGAUACCGGGGAUGCUACUUCUGGAGUCUACUCGUCUCUUCCUUCAGCUUGAUUCCCCACACGCUGGGUUACAUCUUUUUACUCUUUCCUUUGGGAAUCUCGCCAUGGCUCUCCGUCACAUUUGUCCUGGUGCCAUGGUGUGGAAUGGUAACGGGGCAAUCGCUGGUACUCUGGUCGCGGUUGCACCUGGUGCUGCAAUCCCCAAAAGUUCUCUGGGCCGUGCUCUGCAUGGUCAUAGUCGACGCCAUUGCCUUGCAUACGCCCGUCUUUGUGCUUAUGUAUGGCAUUAUCUCGCCCAAAGCCGAUCAGUUUAUCCGUGGUUAUGACAUUAUGGAGCGCAUCCAACUGGUCGGAUUCUGCGUCCAGGAGUUGGUGCUCUCGGGAAUAUACAUAUUCGAAACGGCCAAGCUCCUUCGACUACGCCCCGAGCAACGUCAUCGACAGAUCCUCAUCCAUCUAUUGAUUAUCAACAUCUUCAUCCUCAUCCUCGAUUUCGCCGUCGUCGGUACCGAGUACGCGGGCUAUUAUGCAGUGCAGGUCAUGUUCAAACCGGUCGCCUACAGCAUCAAGCUCAAGCUGGAAUACGCCAUCCUUGGCAAAUUGGUUGAAAUCGCCCGGGGUGCCAGUUCGGAUACCUGGGCAUCUUCGAGUCCUCGAGACGGUAUAUUUUCUGGCCAUGGUAUACGACUGGGAAGUGGUGGCGGAGCAUCCGACCAUUUACAGGAGGUCGACUCUACGGCUGCACUCCCCGAGGUGUAUGCAACAGACAGUCCUUUCCCUAGAUGCGUGAAAGAUCAUGGUUGA